UCGAAAUGUCUGUUUGUAGUGUUGUACGAGCUACCUUCAUUUGGAUAAUGAUUAUUUACCUUAUUGACUGAUUUUCUGAGAUUUUAUUUAGUUUCAAUGGUUAAUCACAAUUCUGUGUCAAAUGUGUUAAUUUUACGUGUUUGUGACUUUUAAAAAUGUAUUGAAGCUCGAAGCUUGUUUAGUUUUUAGAGGAAGUUAUAGUUGUCGCACAUCUUGUGUAAAAUAUUAGCGCGUCAGUGAUCCAGUGUAGAUGAUGUCUUGUUGUUCUACGGCGUCGUAAGUGUUAUUUCACGUUUAGCCGUGUGGUUAUGCCCAGACCAUGCCGUCGACGUCGCGAACGAGGGGCUCCGGCCGUGGGUCUGACGGCUCGCUUCGGACUCAAGUCAUAGCUCCCAUGUCGGAGCGGCAGCAGCUGGCUUUGGUGAUGCAAAUAUCAUCACAAGAUGCUCCUCCAGCCGCUCCGACUCCAGCAGAAGAAAGAAAGCGUACAAGACAACAACGCAACGAGCGUGGCGAAACACCUCUUCAUGUCGCAUCUAUUAGAGGAGACCAUGAUCAAGUGAAAAAGCUUAUUGAUCAGGGUCAAGAUCCGGAUGUUCCUGAUUUUGCUGGAUGGACUCCUCUUCAUGAAGCAUGCAGCUAUGGAUGGUAUCAGGUUGUAGUGGUGCUCGUAAAUGGUGGUGCUAAUGUCAAUGCAAAAGGGUUGGACGAUGACACUCCUCUGCAUGAUGCCACUACGUCUGGCAACUUAAAGAUGGUAAAAUUUCUUAUUGAGCAUGGAGCCGACCCAUUUGUGAAGAACAGCAAGGGAAAAAUGCCAUCAGAUUACGCAGCACCACACAUCUAUGAAUAUCUACAGUCUUUAAAGGAUAGUAACGCGAGAGCAACACACCUCAGUCGCGCAAGGGAUGAUAACGUCAAGAAAGGCAAUGCAAGUGGUAACAGUGAAUGCAGUAAGCGGAACAACAUGGAAACCCUAGCGCAGGGCGAAAAUUUCGAAGGCAAAGAUGCUACCUCGCAAGAAAAAGGAUCGACGGAAAACAGAGAUGAAAGUUCGCAGCUAAGUAGUGGCGUGGUGUCGUCCAGUCAAGACGACAUCACGAGUAAUAAGCGACAGCAUGCAGAAGAUAACCAAGAAACUGACGGAGCUGAUGAUGAAGUGUCAAAACGAAAGAAGAGGAAAGAUGAAGAAAAAGAACCGAUGGGUAAACCAGCCCCUGUUGCUAGGGGAGGACCCGGACGUAAACCUCCUGGUCCUGCAAGCAAGACAGGCGUGGCCCCACUCGGCAAGAGUGGAGGGGCACAGGGCUCUGGCAAGGGUGGAUCGGGUGGCGGCUCUUCAGGAAAAAGCGGAAUGCAGUCUCAAGGAAAAGGUGCCGGUGGAAAGAAUAAGUCCUCAAGCUCCAAAGGUGGAUCGGGAUCGCAAAACAAGCAAGAUAGAAAAAGUCCAGUGGCAAGUCCAAAGCCACAUAGUAGUAAAGAUAAUAGUGAAGACACGGACGACCAGAAAACGCAAGAAUCAUCAGGGCCUAAAGUUCCUCCACUCAAGAUCGUGAUACCGGGUGGCGCCGGGGGCUCUGGCGGUAGAAACGAACAAGAAGGCGAAGGUCAAAGGGGAAGCGGGAAAGGUCGGGGUAGUGUGUCAACCCUGCCAUACGUAAUCCCGUGCACAAGCACCGACACGGGACAGACAUCGGACAGCUCGGACGGAAAUUCGGACGACAAAAGAACAAUAGAAGGCGGGAAGGCCUCGCAGCCAUACGUCAAGUUAACGUGGCCAAGGAAGUCUACCACAUAUGCCGGGCAGAGAGUGCUGCGUUCGCAUAGAACCAAUGACGACAAAGACAAAGAGAGGACGUCACCGCACGUUGGCGCUGGACAAAACCAAUUAAACACGAACAAAAGUCCACCGCCCUCUAGUCACGAUGAUCACACUGUUUCUACAUCGAGUGGCUCCAGUAGAUCGGAACAAGGCAAAACCAAAUUGGAGUUGCAUCCAAGAAAAAGAAAACUAAAAUCCUCCAAGGAUCAUUCGCGAGAAUCGAAAAGCGAUUCCACACAAGAAGCCAGCUCCCUCAGUCAUAAUAUCACACACAGCAACCCGUAUCAGAUGUACAUACAUAUACGGAAACAGAUUCAUCACCGUCAACGUGGUUUGUUUCCAGUCAAACCAAAACCUCCAAAAGAUUUCAAUAAAUAUCUGAUGAAUCGUUGUACAUACACCCUACAAAGGAAUGUCAAUCCUGAGCCACAAAUCGAGAUACCACACAAUUUGCCACCUCAAAUGAUAAAUGAAUUUAUGACUCAGGAGAAAGAAAGGCAUCGUUUACGGAUACAACAUCUGGUUGAAAAAGAAAAGCUUGUGCUGGCAGUUGAACAAGAAAUACUUCGAGUGCACGGGCGCGCUGAACGCGCCGUAGCUAAUCAGUCCCUGCCCUUCUCUGUUUGUACGAUUCUUCGUGACAGAGAAGUUUACAACGUGCUAGCUCCAGAGCAGGAAGAGAAACGAAAUGCGCAGCGCUCACGUUGCAACGGAAGGCAGAUUAACUCUUGGCUUCAAGAGGUGGAUGACAAAUGGGAAAAAAUUAAAGAGGGAAUGCUUCGACGUCAGCACACCGAGGCUCAAACACUACAUGCAGUACAAACCAUGGGUUGGGAGUGGAAAUUGAAGGAGCUGGGCCUCUGCGAUUUUAAGACUAUACCCAAAAUUGAUACUACCCAUGUACCACAAAUACAUGUAUCAAAUUUUGACUUGCCCGCUUGAAUUUUGAGUUAGAUUGCCUGUGUUUAUAUAAAGUUAGCAUAAAUCUUCUCAUUAAAUGCUAACAUUUUCAUUCUGAUUUAAUCUAUCAAGUUAAGCACCAAUUGGUAAUGACAAUCAAGCGGAACUACAAAAUUGGAUUAUUAAGACUAAUAACUAAAUUUUUCUUGCGUCCUUACUUCACGAUGUCUGAAAAUGUUUCUAUUAUAUCAUGUAUGAUUUUUAUUCUUAAGUUUAAAAAGUGACUACUUGUAAUAAGGAGAAACAAUAAUUCGUUUGUUAUUUGGAUAAUUUCGUUACUUGACAUUUAUUCCUUGACAAUUUUAUAUGAUUUAAAAAAGUCGCAACUUGAAAAGGGCUUAUUAUCUACAUUAGAAGAAGCGUAUAUAUAUAUUUAAAAAAAAAAGAUUUUAUAAUAAAAUACUUUUGUUUAAAACGGAAAUCUUCAAGUAAUACGUUAACAGGUCAAGAAAUUUUAUUAUUUAUUCAUUUUAGACAUGCUCUCUAAUCCUAUAAAUUUAUACAUAACAAUUCUUGUUUUACAUUUGUUUUUGUAAUUACGUUAUGUUUUGAUUAUCCUUCUGUAUUAAUAUUAGAGAUGUAUAUUUUACAUGUAAUUAUAUUUCUAAUUAACGUAAUUUAAUAUUUUACUUAGUCAAUCUACAUAAUUAUUUUAUAUGACGUAUAUCUAUAUAUUAAAAAAAAUAUCAAAUAUUUUAUACUACAUUUUCAACAAUGAUUUAUUUAACGCCUCUUUUUAUCAAACUCCAUACUAUGAUUUAGACUAAUAGGUUUUUACAGCAUCAUUGUUUUUUUUUUAUUAAUAAGGGAUUACUGGUUGCUCAGAGGCCUCUCCCGUUUCACCAGGACAGGUGGGCAAGCAAAGGCCCAGCCAAGAGCAUCUUUGUCUAAAGAUAGGCUAGUAGUGUAUAGGCAUUUAGUUGUUGUAAAUUAGUAUCGUAGUCACACCACAUGUGAGGAUUCGCACGAGUCGAUCUAAAAAGAUUGAAUAACUUGCGUGUUAAAGUCGUAUUUCUACUUGAAUUAACGAAAGCGUCUUCUUCUGAAAAUACUACUAAAAUGUACUCUGAAAACAAUUAUCAGAUUUUAUUAGUGUCUCCAAAAUACAACCGUGCUUUCAUAAUAAUUUGUCAUGAUUUGUUUUCUUGAGUAGUUACUCAUUAAUGUCAACUGAAAACUACCUCUUGUAAACCCAUAAUCAUUAUGAAUGUCUAAUUGUAAAGGCAUGCUGUCUAAGUCCCAAAUUUUAACUUUUUAAAUUACUUGAAAAUUUUAUAAUUCAGUAUAACAACGAUACAUACUUUAAAGUAUUUUAAAUGUAAUUGUUAGCCAUUUAUUGACUAGAAGUGUAACCCAUUAUUUAGUGUAUUUAAAAUAUAUAUUCUAAUAUAGUCUGUUUUUGUUAUAAAAACAUAUAUUU